AUGAGCGCCCAAUCCACGCAAAGUGGUGCAGGGCAAGGCCUCCUGGCACAAGCUGUGCGAACCUACGGUGGAAUGGAUGCGGGUGGAGCCCGCCCUGUGACACUGGAUGGUGGAGCGGCGAUGAAUCGAGCUAUGGCCGAAGGCCAGGUCCUGUUGAAUGGUGUGGCGACUGGUGGCCCCUUUGAAGGUAGCCAGUUACCACAUCAUCCGGAAGGCAGACCUGGUACGACGGGCUCGCGAAAUGAAGAGGUGGUUGGUGCAGAUGAGCCUUCAUCGUCUACGCGGCCUGUGGCCGAGCUGGAUGCUGGAACUGCUGCCAGGAGAGCAGUGGGGAUGGAUGCAGCGAAAGCCACGGGUGGCGGAUCGCAGCUGAACACCGGAACGGGCGCGAACUCGGAAACCGGAUCUGGCGCGAACGGACGAAGUGUGCCGAUGCAUGGAAGCGAAGAUGUUCGACAGGACUUCCUGCAGCAACGAGCCCAUGCACAACUGGCGGAACAGCGUCAUGCUUUGGUGACUGCUUUGCAUUCCCGAGCCUCCAGGUUGAUCGCCGAGGAUGAUGCGGAGAUCCUGGAGACCACGACCAGGGUUGAGGCCAGCGAAGUGACGGAGCGCACGGGGGACCAGAUGUUGUGGUUUACGAGGAUCAAGGGUAUGGUUCAGAGAGGCUUGGAACCUGUCUUUGGACGUAUGAAGCCCCUUCCUUCUGCCUCACCUACCUCCUGGUAUUCCCAGUCUCCUACCUGGUCGUUGGCAACACCUUCCUUCAACAAUCCCGAGCACCCGCGCAUGUCUGAAUUGCAGCCGAGGACCACGACCUUUACACAGCCUGAACGUGCGGGAGACCAAUCUUCGAAUGGGUCCCUGCAGCCGGAGGUGGUUCAGGAAGAAGUCAAGAAGGCGGUCCAAGUUGCACUUCAAGGUCGGGACGGGAAGAUGAAUGAGCUUCAGGCAGAGAAUGCGGAACUGAAGCAACUGCUGAUGGCGAUGAUCGAAGCGGGUUCGGAGAGAGCCGGAGCGGACCAAGGACCUACCGCAGGUGGAAGAGCGAGCGCCUCUACAAGUGUGGGGGUAGAGCCAGCUCGAGCGGCAGGAGACCAGUCGGCUGGGCGAGGGGAUCUUCGAGCUGAAGGAGUGUAUGCAGGCCGUGACCUACGGGCUCCUCCUGGACUACCUGUUCCAAUUCGGGGACGGGGAGGUGAUCCAGGAAGUGGAACGAGGACUGAGGCGACUACGGCGAGGUCUCCGAGUCCAGCGGCGGCACGAACAUCAGGUGGCGGCUACGAGAAUGUCGCAGGAAAGCCUGGUGGAGUGCCCAGCGAGGGCCCAGGUGGCAGUCGUGGUGGCAGGAAUGAUGAGCGAAGUUCCGUGGCGCCGAUGGACCUUUUGGCCCAGGGGAUCCAACAGCUACAGCAACUGCACUUGAAGAAGGAAGGGCAUGACCCAGAGUUGCUGAAGGGUUCCUUGGAUUUACCGAAGCUGCCCGAGCCCUACCAGGACAACAGUGCGGUGGCGUUCCUGGAGUGGGUGUACGAGGUGGGCCAGCUCAUCGGCUCAAUCACGGACAAGGCAGCGGUGUGGUGGGCGGCCAAUCUCGAGCUAGCCAUGACAGCCUACCACAAGUUUCAGGCGGAAACACCUUUGAAGAGGUUGACGGUCCAAGUGGGUGAAGAUCCAGACGUGGACGGAGAAAAGUGGUCUCGGCUUGAGAAGCGGGUGAUGGCGCUUCUCCUGUCUUCGAUGACGUCGACUAUCAAGGCUGAGAUCACAAUGCUGAGGAUCAACCGCGUCAAGGACUGCCUCUUCAAGCUCUACACAACGUUCUCUCCAGGUGGCGCGAGCGAGAGGGCGAGCCUGAUCAAACAGCUCGAGUACAUCCAGCCCCAGACCAAUGUGGUCGACAUGAUUUCCGCCCUGAGGCGAUGGAAAAAGCAUGUGGGCCGUGCUUCCGAGAUGGGAGUUUCCCUGCCCGAUGGCUCCGUGUUGUUGGUUGCUUUGGAGGGAGCUACGAGACACAUCACUGAGAACAACAAGGACGUGGCCUUCAAGCUGAACAUGGCCAAGCAGGAGCUCAGACUCCCAUACCAGCCAACCUUGAGUGCUGUGAUGACGUUUGCAGACCAUGUGGUUGCGGAGCUCCAGCAAGUGAUCCCCAUCAACUCCAAGGACUCCCAAGCCAAGCUCAAGGGUGCCAAUGUGGAUCCUGGAUCUCCGGCGUCUUCCUCGACCUCGCCUUCUGGGAAGGGACAAGGGCAGAAGCAGCCUUGCAAGUUUUGGUUGACACCGGACGGUUGCAGAAGGGGAUCUGCUUGCAAGUACGGCCAUGUGUUUGCGACCAAGGAGGAGAAGAAGGCACGCUGCUGGACCUGUGGGGCGACGACUCACCGACAGGCCGACUGCCCUACAAAGUCCGGCUCCGCUACCAAGGGGAAGGGUGGUCCUAAGGGAUCUACUGAGAAGAGGUCGCAAGGGGAACCGACUACACCCACUGUGGCCCAGGCGAACGUGAUGAACAACCCUGAACCCUCUACGGCUACCAUGAACACCGCCUCGACCUCUGCAGCGUCCACAUUGGAGCAUCCGCUUACCACCGGUACUACCACAUCUUCCAGCGAACCUUCAUCGGCGGCCUCAACCAUCCUCUUCGCGGAUGCGCAGCAGGCUCAGAAUGCGGGUGAAAUCAGAGAGCUGGCAGAGCAGUUCCUUGCUAAGAUCAAGCGCUUGGCACCGAUGCAGGCGAAGACGGAUGAUGCAGUGAUGGACUUGGAGCUGCUACUGAGGUCGCAGGGCCUGAAUGAAAGCCACGGAAUGGCGCUAUUGGAUAGCGGCGCUUCACAUGCCUACCGGGCUCCUCGCUCCAGGGAGGAGGCAUCAACGGCUCGCCGGGUCAGGGUGCAGCUGGCCGAUGGGAAGACAGUCUACCUCCGCCAGAACAAGGGAGGCACCCUCCUCUCAGAGGAGGAGCAGGGAGGAGGAAUCAUCCUGCCACUCGGGAGCCUUGUCAGCUCCCUUGGCUGCGAACUCAAGUGGAGCAGAAAGAAGGGGCUCCAGGUGCGACACCCGGUCCACGGGAUCUUGCCCACGAAGCUCGUGGGGGAUACGCCGGUGCUGCGUGAAGCUGAAGCACUGCAACUCAUUGCGGAUUUGGAACAAGUGGAACUGGGAAGACUUGAGAAGCAAACUGAAGAGGGAGUGCUGAAGAUGAUCGCGUCGGAAGAGGAGACGGUCACUACGUGGAUGGACCAUGCUGAAGCUUUUGUAGAGACCGGUGAACGGGCAAACUUGAGGCGGAUGCUGUUGGACCCCGAAGCUCCUCUACAAGCUCCCUCGGAAGAAGACAUUGCAGCUCUUCUGGGUGUGGACGAUAAGCUUUUCCUCUCCGAUGAGGCAGGUGCCCACUACUUGAAGGCACUCCCAUGGAACCGAACCACGAGAAAGAGGCUCCUCAGGACAAGGUGGAUCGUUCACCUGUACAAUGGAGAUGAGCAGGGCGCUGAGUUUUCUCACGCCGAGUCUGACGAUGUUACCGUGGUUCGAAUGGACAUCCGGAACAACAAGGCCUUCGACCUCCGCACCUACACGCCGGCCGUGCGAGCUCUGAUGUGGGCGGCGGCAAGGGGACAGAUCGAGGGUAUACUUGGAGGCCCACCUCGAGGAUCGGAGUCUGGCUCUAUGCUGUACAGGCGGAUGCUUCUCCUUUGGCUGGUCGCACACACCGGGGCAACGGCUUCAGGCUUAUGUUCGCCCUUCUUCAUGAUGGAGGCUCCAACCUGGCAUCCGAUCUGGACGAGCUUUACCUGGUCGCGCUUCAAGGACGAGUUCCGGUACCUGAAGUACCAUGCGGUUGCGGCCAGAGAUGGUGUGUACUUUAUGGCGGGCACGCUUCAGCUGUCUGAUGGAGUGUCGGUGAGCGAAGGGGAGAUCCCGGACUUGAACUACAAGACCCCUGCAUCAGCGUGGCCCGUCGAGCUCAAGACAGGGUUGGCGCAUUCAAUGGUGCAAUGGAGGCAACAUGACCGGCGCAGGGAAGAAGUGACGAUGUGCAAGCUCGGUGGGCCCAGGGAGAUGAACGCGAAGGAUUUGGCCUACUGGGAGAAACAUGUACGAAGCGGGCAUGUUCCUUAUGAUCGCAGAUGCCAAACUUGUGUUCGGGCAGCAGCGACCGGACGGGCACAUCGACGGUGCCUGGCCCCUUCGGCCUACACCUUAGGCCUGGACAUCGCCGGCCCUUUUCGCACAAAGGGCGAGAAUGCUGAUGAGAAGGGCUUGCGCUACCUACUUGUGGGGGCGUACUCACACCCACGAAUCAACCCCGACAAGGACAAGGACCUUCCUGAGGAGGAGGACGGUGAGUUUGAAGCCGAGAUCGAUCCGUUCGAGAUUGACGAAAGGGCAGCGGUACCAGUUGAGGAGGAGGACGAUGAUGAGCAGAAGGCCAUGAAUGAGCGGUUCAAGGCCCUGUACAAGGACAUCGGUGAUGAGAUUGAAUACCAGACCCUCCACUUUGUGGUGCCGAUGAAAACUCGGAUGUCCAAGGAAGUACGGUCGCGGAUUCAGCAGAUCUAUCUUCAGCUUCGGCAACAAGGGCUUCCUCUGGUGCGGAUCCACAGCGACCGGGGCAGGGAGCUCAUGGCUAAGGAGACCAGGGCAUGGAUGGCUGACCGGGAUAUCCUGGCUACGACUGGAGAGAGCCAGCAGCCUCAACAAAACGGUCGGGCGGAGGCACUGGUCCGGGUCAUUAAGGGCAGGGUCAAAACGCUCCUUCGAGCAGCUUCCUUGCCUAUGUCAUGCUGGCCACUUGCUGCACAGUUCUCUGCCAGGAGACAACGAGACUUGGCACUCGGAGACCGAACCGAUGAAACAGUGCCGUUUGGGGCACCAGUGCACGUGAAACACAAGAGGUUCGGAGAGGGUGGAAGUUAUGACCUCGCUGAACGCUGGCGCUCAGGCAAGUUCGUUGGGUAUUCUUCGGACGUUCGUGGAGGCAGAGUGGUCCGUCAUGAUGAUGGAGGCUACACGACGUCGGUGCACAUCAAGCCGUAUCUUGUGGACUCCGAUGAUUUGGUCGAGCACGGGCCCUUUGAAAUGGAGGUUGAAGAUCCGGUGAGGAGGAUUCGAGGGAAGUCCCGAUUGGCCCAGCUAGACACCGACCCGAAGGAAGAAGUAGAUCGCAAGGCGAAGGAGCUUAUGGAUUCCGAGCGCUACGACUUGGAGAGCGUGGUUGUGAUGUGGGAGCUCUUGAAGCCCUACGCGAGAUCUACUACAAGAACGACCCAGGGUGAAGGACUCCAAUGGUUGAUUGGCCAGUAUACGCAUGGAGGCCAAUGCGGGGCCACCUUGGACACGGAUCGGUUCCCUUGGGCUACCUUAUACCUGGUGAAGGCGUUCACCCACCUCACUGGGGAAAGUGAUUUCUCAUCGAUCUUGAUGACGGAGGACGUUGGGAUGAGGAUACACCGCGAUGUCCACAACCACGCCGACCGCAACAACGUGUUACUUCCUCUACUACCUUGCGAGCGUGGAGGUGGAGUUUGGGUUGAGUCCGAACCGGAGGACUACGAUGUGGACGAUGAGUGGCGGCAACUACCAAAGGGAGAUUGGCGUCGUGGAAGGGUGAUGGAUCUACAUCCUGGAGUUCCCAUCAAGAUCAACCCCAGGAAGUUCCACCAGACCGAGGACUGGGAAGGAAAACGGUUAGUUAUGACCUCAUUCACGCCAAGAUCUACCAGAUUGAAACCUCCCGCCUACAUGAAACUCCUGGACUAUGGUUUCAAUCCACCUCCUCUACCACCACAAGUCCCAGAGCAACUGCAGCGGAACAUCCUCAAGAUGAUGAACCUGUCUGGACCCAGGGACGGCCCCGACGCAGUCAUGUUCCAGAUGAAAGACCCUGGGGAAGAGCGACAGGAGAGGGCCCAGGAAAUCAGUCAGGAGUUGCAGCAGCUACAGGAUGAUGUACUUGGGAGACUCCAGGAACGACGUGAAUGGCUUCAACAGUUUCUGGCUGAGGAGGAGAUCCUGGCUGAGGAGUUCAAUACUGUUGGAGAAGCCAUUCGGGAUGAGAUCAAGGAGAUCAAUGUGGUGGUCCGGGAACUUAUCCAGGAUGUUGAGGACCAAGUCCGGUCAGUGGAGAAAAGGUGCAAUGACCUGUACCUCAAGGUGGCCAAUGUCACGGAUGACAAGGAAAUCGGCGACAUCGAGGAGUACUUGAUCAACCUCAAGAAGGAUUUGGACGUCACCCUGGAUGUUCCCUUGGACCAGGUGAAGUCCAAUCUUGAGGAAUGGAUCGAGCCCAUGAACAAGGAGCUUACGAAUCUGGAGGCCAAGACGAAUGCGAUCGAAGCCCGGCCCAUGGCGGAUGCGAAGAAGCUUGUGAAUGAUGGGUCGCUUAUACUCAUCCCGGGCAAAGUCGUGUUUACGGUCAAGCCUCCAGCUCCUGAGACCAAGGCCGAGAAGAAGUCAAAGGGGGCGCGCUGGAAACGCAAAGCCAGGAUCGUGAUAUGUGGCAACUUAGCCACUCAGUCCUUGAAUGGGCAAGAGCUGUAUGCAGCUGGCGCCUCUGUUGAGGCGCUCCGCCUGGCUUUGGCACUUGCGUCCAGCCUUGGAUGGCAUGCAGCCGCCACUGAUGUCUCAGCGGCUUUCCUCCAGGCCGAGUGGCCAUCGGAUAGGCCGACGUAUGGAGUGAUACCCCCCCGGAUACUCGUGCAGGCGAAGCUCGUUCCGGACAACGUUGUGUUUGUGGUGAAGAAGGCGCUCUACGGUUUGCGUGAAAGCCCAGCGCUAUGGGCUAACCACAGAACAAGGAUUCUGAAGGAGGUGAGCGUCGAGGCCCCUGGUGGAAGGGUUUGGCUAAAACCGCUGAUCACGGACGGGGAGCUUUGGAUGAUCCUACAACUACCACCUGAUGCUGAACGACCCCAACUCCGAGGACUCCUGGUGACCUAUGUGGACGACCUGUUGUACUUGGCUGCUAGGGCAUUGAUCAUCCUCCUCCACACCAAGAUUGCGGAGUUUUGGCCGUGCUCAGCACUCGAGUUUUCAGACCAGGGUAUCCGUUACCUUGGAAUGGAGCUGUUUCAGGAGGAGAACACGUUCACCCUUGGCCAGGAGGCAUAUGUUGCCAAUUUGGUCCGACUUCAUGGGCUGGACCCGGGGGAGAAGGCAGGUCUGCCGUGCCCCAAGGAGUGGAUCCAGGACACCGACAUGGAUGGCGAGGCCGAGAACUUCAGCGCCGAGGAGCUCACCCGGGCUCAGAAGAUCACAGGUGAAUGCCUAUGGCUUGCUUACCGUACUCGCCCGGAUAUUCUCUACGUCACGAACUAUAUGGCCGGAAUGACAGCGAAGAAGCCGGUGAAGGUCUACAACGUGGGCUUGAAGGUUGUGGCCUACUUGAACGCGACUGCAGGUCUCAAGUUGAAGGUCGAAGCCGAGGCAGAGCCAAAGCAGUCCACAGAGCCAAAGCAGUCCACAGAGCCGAAGCAGUCCACAGAGCCGAAGCAGUCCACAGAUCCAAAGCAGUCCACAGAGCCGAAGCAGUUCACAGCGCAGUCCACAGAGCAGUCACACGACGCAGGCUUCAGGGUUAGGUUGUCGGGUUACUGUGACGCCUCGUUUGCGCCAUUCGGUGGCAAGAGCUUUGGCUGCAGUCUGGUCAUGGUGGGGCGUACGCCCAUUUCCUGGAAAGCAGGUAAGCAGACGAUGGUGGCUAUGUCGGUUUGUGAAGCUGAGCUCAUGGAGGGUUCUACGUGUGCGUUGCUGCUUGAGUCCACCCAGGCCAUGCUGCAGGAGAUUGUCCCCAAUCUGGCAGUCCCCAAGCUGUACAUAGACAACAUGGCGGCCCACAACAUCAUGAACGGUGCCACAGGAAGCUGGAGAACCAGACAUUUGAGGAUUCGCCACUCCUAUGUUCUAGAUCGUAUUGCUGGUGGACAACUGCAAGUGAACCACUUGGCUGGAGAAGAUCAACCCGCAGAUUUGCCUACCAAGUUACACAGCAAGGUUCGCUUGUUGCACCUACUUGGAACAUGGAAUAUGGUGGGCAUCAGUGAUCUGGACGGUAAGAAGGCGGUUCAGUGCUUGAAGUUGGGCUGCCUGUUUCUUCUUUUGCUGGCGGUGCAGUCACUGGCGGUGGCGGCUGAGAAGGAACCUUUGCAGGUCACGGGAACAAUGGAGCUGAUCACAAUGCUUAUGCUGUCCUGUGUUGCUGCUAUCGCGAUGUGGGAGGCAGCAAGGGCAUGCUACAAGUGGAUGGUUCCAGCGUGCUGUGGAUCGAAGAGGGCGAGGAGAAUCCAAAGGCUACGUGAAUUGGCGAAGGCGGCAGCGGAGGCUGAGAUAGAGAAGUGGGCGGAACAGGAGGACAUCGUGAACUCGGAGCAGAUUGCAAGGACUCUACGGGGAGUUCUACGCGAGGAGCGGGAGGAUGUAAGACCCUCCACUACAGCGAGUGCUAUGACUCCAAGAACACCAGAGGGACCAUCAGAGCCCUUGGGAACUCCGUCCCGAACCAGUGUGUUUGGGGGCACUCGACCAUCAACACCCCCGAUUCCACGGAGGAGAACACCUUCACCAACGCCGAGCCCCUUUCGUGGAGAUCCCGGCCAAUUUGAACGUGAACGUGUGAUCAAGGACGUUCUUGAACUGCUCACGGUGAAGAGCUUGAAGAUUGGUCUGGAGGCGGAAGGAAGGGCCGUGACCGGCCUGAAGGAGGACCUGGUGAAAAGACUGGGAAUUUUCCUGGGUGAUGAACCGCCACCGGAUGGGCGACCUACCACCAGGCAGCUCCGCUACGUCCUAUAUGUCUGGCGACAUCAACGGCUCGCUGGAAGAACGGAGCUAACGUGGGACAUCCUGGCUUCGAAGACCAAGGUUUCCCAAUGGCUUCAUCAAUGGAAGGACGCUUGA